CUUGCUACACAAUGGCUUCUGCGAUCUAGUGAGAUUCUUCAGAAUCCUUAUUCAAGCGAUGCUGUUGUUUCUGUGCUGAGGGAAGCUGAACAGUUUCUUUGGGCCGGUCCUGAGAUGAAUUCUGUUCGAGAUAUGGUGAAGAGUUUGAUUGAAGCUCAGAAGUGGGCAGAAGGGAUAAGAGAUUGUUUAAGAAAAAUUGAAGCCUGGUUGUGUGAUCAGGACUUUGACAGAGAGAAAGUGCACCUAGAAUUUGUUGAUCAGCUGCUAACAUUUAAUUUUGCACCAUGCAAUGAGCCUGCUUAUCAUAAGUUGAAGGAAUAUACAGAAGGGGCUGUGUUGUUAAGUCAGGAGAUUAAUAUUGCUUUGUCAAAGUGUUCAAAGAUGUCUGAGUUGGAAUCAUUGCAUUCUAGAGUUUGUGGCUAUCCACUCUACGUGAAAGAUGUUGAGAAGUUGGAAAGGAAAAUUUCUUCAACUAAGGUGUGGCUGCAGAGAGCCAGAAGCUGCAUCUCCAUCAAACAUCCUGCUGCAGUAGAGCUUGAUGUUCUUUACAAGUUGAAGUCAGAGAUUAUGGAGCUUCAAGUACUGCUUCCAGAGAUGGACGUGAUUCAGAAUAUAUUAAGUCAAGCAGAAUCUUGUGGUUCAAAAUGUAGUGAGAUGUUAGAAGGUCCCAUGAAUCUAAAGAAUGUCAAGAUGCUUCUUAAGGAAUGGGACGGCUUUAUGGUUGAUGUACCUGAGGUGAAGCUUUUGCGGAAAUAUUAUAAGGAUGCUGUUUCAUGGGUUUCCAACUUUAACCAUAUUGUAGAGACAACACAUGAACGGGAGGACCAACAUAAUGUCAUCGAUGAAUUGAAGAGUAUUUUAGGAGAUGGUUUAUCAUUAAAAAUUCAUGUUGAUGAGUUGCCAUUGGUUGAGACUGAGCUGCAGAAAGCUCUUUGUCGGGAAAAGGCUCUACAGGCAUAUAAAUCUAGGUUGUCUCUGGAAUUUGUUCAGGAAGUGAUGAAGGAGGCCAGACUGCUACAACUUGAGGGAGAGAAAUUAUUUGUUGGUUUAUCUGGUUUACUUGCUGUUGCCAUACCUUGGGAGGAAAGGGCUAAAGAGAUUCUUUCACAUAAGGCUUCCUUCUCUGACUUCAGGGACAUCAUCAGGGCCUCAGAGAGCAUAUUUAUGAUUCUUCCUUCCCUUGAUGAUAUGAAGGCAGCACUGCUGGAAGCUAAUUCAUGGCUAAUGAAUUCAAAACAAUUUUUGGUUUCUUCUACUUGUCCAUCAGAUUCUCCACUGAAAGUUGAGGAGCUUCAGAUGUUGGUUUCUCAGUCAAAGCUUCUUAAAAUAUCUUUUGAAGAAGUGAGGAUGCUUGAAAUAGUUCUGCAAAACUGCAAAAAAUGGGAGUGUGAGGCAUGUUCUCUAUUGGAAGAUGCCCAGCAUACUUUUGAAUUGGAUGACGUUGUUCAUGGAAUAAGCAGUGGCCUAAUGUCCAAAGUUGAAGGUUUGAUUGCCAGAAUGCAGUCUAGCACAAAAUCUGGUUUAUCGCUUGGUUUUGACUUUGAUGAGCUUCCCAAACUUAAAGCAACUUGUUCUACACUGCGUUGGUGCAAAAAGAUUCUUUCCUUCUGCAAUCUUUCUCCCUCUUUGGAGGAUGUUUUGGAAGCUACAAAAGACUUUCCUCAUUUGUGUGAUUCUGGGGCCCUAUUGAAUAUACUGAUUCGUGGAGUCAAGUGGCUUAGGCAGGCCUUGGAAGUAAUUUCUGGAUCACACAAUUCUAGAAGAAGCAAGUCAGGCGAAGUUGACAAUAUUAUUAGAGAUUACCAGACUAUUAAUAUUCCUUUUGCAGCAAUAGUCUACCAACUUGAAGAAGCCAUUGGAAAACAUAAAAUGUGGCAAGAACAGGCACAUCAAUUCCUUAGCCUUUGUUCUGGGAAACGGUCUUGGGUAUCAAUGUUGAAACUCAAGGAAUUAGGUGAUAAGGUUGCCUUCACCUGCAGAGAACUAGAUUUGAUAUCAUCUGAAGUUGAGAAAGUGGAGAAUUGGAAGAAACACUGCAUGAAUUUUGUAGGAACUUUAGUCCAAAAUGAGAAUUCACUGCUUGAUGUUCUGCAGAAGAUGAAACAGAGUUUAGAUAGAUCAUUGUUCAUAUAUGGCAAGUUGAAAGACUGCAAGGACGAAUGUUUAUGCAUCUACUGCUUUACUGAUUUUGAGGAUCAGGAAUAUCUUACUUGCUCCACUUGUGGAAACUGCUAUCAUACGCUAUGCAUUAGACCUUUGGUGGACAAUAGCCAUGAAGAUUAUACGUGCUCUUCCUGUAAAAUUUUGAAGGGUGAAUCCAAUUAUAAGAAGGGAACUCUCCCUGUGGGGUUUGGUGUGAAGCGUGCUGACAAAGUUCUUCUUGAACUUCUUUCUGAUGCUAAAAAUUUGUGUGUAAGGAUUGAUGAGACAGAUGCUCUCAACCAACUUGUUGAGCAAGCGCUUCUAUGCAGAUCUUGCUUGCGAGACAUAGUGAACUUCACAUCUGCUGAUGUAGACAAUGAUCUUAGCACCAUCUCUGAAAAAUUGACCAUAGCUAUAAAGGCCUGUGAAGUUGCUGGCGUCUCUGAUCAGCAAGAUUUACACAACUUUGAGUUGGCUUUAGCAAGACACCUUUGGAAAAUUCGAGUCAAUAGAAUGCUAAAUAGUUUACAAAAUCCUUCUAUCCAAGAGAUUCAGAAGCAUCUGAAAGAG